GCGCCCCGGCCGGCUGCCGGCGAGAAGAGGCGCGAUGUUGAGCCGGCUUCAGGAGCUGCGCAAGGAGGAGGAGGCGCUGCUCCGCUUGAAAGCCGCUCUGCACGACCAGCUAAACCGGCUCAAGGUUGAAGAACUGGCCCUCCAGUCAAUGAUUAGUUCUAGAAGAGGAGAUGAGAUGCUGUCUUCUCAACCUGCACCUGAACAGUCACAUGAUCAGAUGUUGGUGCAUGUAGACAAUGAAGCAUCAAUCAACCAAACUGCGCUGGAGUUGAGCACAAGGAGCCAUGUGCCAGAAGAGGAGGAGGAGGAGGAAGAAGAAUCAGAUUCCUGAAGAGGAGAAGAGCCAGGCUUGGUGUUAGGACCAGCCCUGACAAACACUUCCUGCCAAGGAGCCCCUGGUCCUCAUCUCCACAGCACCGUGGCUCUUCUCCAACAGAGGACAGAUGCCUGACCCCAGAGGCCGGGGUUCAGCGUGUGUGAAGUGAGGCUGAGGAACAGGCCAGAGCCGGAAGAGCGGGGCAGUGCUCCCCCAGCAGGACGGCACAGGGAGGCGCCCCAACAUGAACCCCUCCCUCCACCCAAGCAUGUCCCAACCUUUCCUCCCUGCAACUGGACCACGAGGCCCUGAGCUCCCUCACCUUCCAGUGUUUCCAUGGCCUGUUUAGAAAUGACCUGCUAGGCCUUGUUAUAAAGCAAAAGAGCGGCACUGGCUACAGAGACAGGAGACCUGUAUUCAUAUCCUGGCCCUGCUGCCUGCUCUACAUGCAGCCUUGAGCAAGUCCCUCCACUUCUGUAGUCUGUGGUCUGUGUGUCAGUAAAGCGGUGAUAACAAUUGCAGCUCUUGCAGCCUCACCGGAUGGAGACCAGGAUCAGUCAAAUGAACUGUGGGCAUUUAAACAGCACGCAUGUUACAGGAUCACAAAGAAUGAUUCUUUCAGGGGCUGCCCUCCAAGAUCAGCAGUUCACAGCACCAGACGCCCGCUCCCUCACUCCCCCCUGCUGCUCAGACACCACUCUCCAGGCCACAGCUGCUGCUCAGGAGUGGCUGCACUGCCUCUGUGACUGUCCUUGUAUCUGAUUUGUAUUCACAUGGCAAGCCAGCCUCCUUUUUUGCAAACUUACAUAACACCACCUUCCUCCCUCCCUGGCUGUCUGCUCCUGCUUCCCACCCCCCACCCCACCCCUCUAGGGAACUACACUGCCUGGGAGGCUGCAGAGAUCCGUGGGGGUGGGGGUCAGAGGGGAGCAGAGGGAAACCCUCAAGGGGGUCUUCCUGCUUGAUCACAUCCAUCCUAGAAGCCAAAUGCACACACAGUGCCCCUCCUGGUGACCCUGAAGGCCUGACAAGAAGCUGCUUGGAAGACCUGGGCACGCUACAUCCCUCCACUCCAGAGCACGUGGCUGGAGCUGCCAGGCCGGGAAAUGCUCCUCCCCGGCAGCCCCAGCCAAGUCGGGCUCUUCUCUGGGGGCAGAAAAGAGGUCAGAUAAGGCCAGAGAUAUUAUUUCCUCCAAUUGUCAGCCUCCUGCAUUUGCUUCCCGCAAGCACUGCCCCUCCUUCCUCUGCUCCCGUCCCCAGCAUCUUCCUUCCCCAGCCUGCCUUGCACAGUGACUGGCACGCCUCCAGUGGGACAGCCCCUGCACAGAGCCUACAGUGGCUCCCGUCUGCCUUGCAUAUGCAGUACAGUCCAGCCCCCUCCACCCGCCUUUCCGAGCCCACUGUCCUGCUCACUUCUGCACCUUCUUGCCACAGCAUGUCUCCAUGUCCACCCUGCCCCUUUCUCAGGCUCGAGCUCACCUGCCUCUCUAACUGUGCUGGUCCCCUCACCUAAAACAUCCUCCUUUCCCACCCACCCUCUCACCUCUACAUCCAGGUGCCUGGUUCUUUUGAGUGCCCUUCCCAACGUGGAAUACUGCCCUGCUCCAGAGCCUGGGAGGUUUAAUUGGGCUUCCUCCCACAUCUUUCCUAGCAGCAGCCUCAAACAUAGUUCACAUCACAGGCCCAGGCCUUCUCUACUUCCCAAGGCCUCUCCAGGCCUUGGGUUCUCUUUCUGACCCUCCAGGAUUAGGAGAGUGAGGCUGGGAGGAGCCCCCGCAUGUGGUGGGCCAUGCUGCAUUCCGUAGGAAGCAUCUACAUCCUCUAAGCUCCCAGGCUGACAAGCUUCCCUAGGAAACCUACAAGACGCUAAGGUCUGAUAUCCAGAUCUUGCCCAGGCUCUGCAACAAUAAAGAUGGAUAAACCCUCCUUCAAAAACGAAUAAGGAGGUGUUAUGAAAAAACUAAGUGGAAGAAAGUAUUUUCUUCUCUGAUGUUUUCUGUGCCAGAAAUAACUGGUGUUCAAAGCCUCCUGGUUUUUCCCCCAUGAGCACAUGAUUUUAACUUGACUUCUGAGCAUUUUCUACUCCUCUUUGGACUAAAGAAUUCACCGGGGGGCUUCCCUGGUGACGCAAUGGUUAAGAAUCCGCCUGUCAAGGGAGGGGACACGGGUUCAAUCCCUGGUCCAGGAAGAUCCCACAUGCUGCAGAGCAACUAAGCCCAUGUGCUGCAACUACUGAGCCUGUGCACUAGAGCCCCAAGAGCCACAACUAUUGAGCCCACGUGCUGCAACUACUGAAGCCUGAGGCACCUAGAGCCUGUGCUCCACAAGAGAAGCCACUGCAAUGAGAAGCCCACACACCUCAAUGAACAGAAGCCCCCCUGCCACAACUAGAGAAAGCUGGGCAGCAACAAAGACCCAAGUGAGCAAAUAAAUAAAUAAAUUUAUUUAUUAAAAAAAAAAUUCAGCAGGGUCACUUGUUUUC